GGUGGUCUGAUCCUCCGGGCGGGCGGGCGGGCGGGCGGACAUGGGCAGCAGCGGAGGCGACAACAGCCCGUCGCUGAGUGAGAGCGCGGGCUCCCGCUGCUGGAGGAAGAGCUGGGACAACUGCAGCACCCAGUCGGCACUGCACAUCGGAAGCGGCUCAGAAAUAGAUGGCGGUGACGAAGAUAAGGAAAUUGCAUCAAAAGCAGUGGCAUUCGUUGUCAGGAGUUCUCGGAAGGGUGUGGUCCCACUUUGUGCUGACGUUGCCAAUCUCCUGAAGAUCAAGUGGAGGUUAGAACGAACCAUUAAAGCUCAGCAGCUGGAGAUCCAUCGCUUGCUCAGCACCUCACGGACACAUUGCAGCCUAGCCACAGCCAGCACUCAAACGGAUUUCACUGGCACCGGCUGCCCAGACCCCUCUUCAGAUGGGGCAGUCUGACACACAGGAAAUAGAACCUGCAGAGUAUAAAGAGGAACAGCAGUUUGUGUUCCAGGAAUCUCCCCCCAGGGUACUUCACCAACCGGGUCAGGAACCAUUGACCAGACCAACCUCCGCACCACGGAAUGUGGAAUUGCCACGGGAACCAAUCCAGAGCUACAAGUCUACAGUGUCCCGAGAGGUCCAAGUGGAAUGUCCGAAGAUCCUCAUGCAGAAAAGGUGUGAGGAGCAACUAAUGGAAACACUGCUGUUAAAUUCCAGGCUGACAGAAGAUUUGGGAAAUGCAUGGCGACAGAUUGAACUUCUGCGCGAUCGUCUGAGACAGAGUGAGGACAUCUGUGAAGGCCAGGUCACUGAAUAUGUUUCAGAAGGAGGCGGAUAUAUUUCUCGACACAGAAGGCAUCAACAGAUAUGGGGAAUCAGCGAGAAUACGAAACAACAGCCAGAGGAGAUUCUGUCGGUAGAACAUACCCCCCACGAGAGGGGCACCAUCCAGAGGCAGGAAUCUAUGUCGUGUGACACAGAACCAAUGCCCACUGCUUGCCGAUGUGGCAGUCAGGCCCUCUGUCAGGAUACAGGGGUGGAGAGUUACGUGGAAAGCCGGGGCAUCAGAGAGAAGACAAAUGGAACAGAGCUGGGCAGGGGGAGGAAACUCUCAAUGAACUGCACAGUCCCAGCUACAGAAGACCUGCUACAGCCCAGGUCCCACAACGAUGCACCGAGGACAAGAAGUCCUGAUUUUCUGGUCGAUGCCACUUUAAGUUCCUCUGUCUUCCCUUUCCCUAUGGUCGGCUGCCAGUGCUCCAGCUGUGUCUCCUUCUUUAGCAACUACAAGCUGAUAAGCCGUCGAAAUGGCCAUGACAAAGAGAUCAAACCGCUGCUGCACUUCCAGAGGCAGAAACUUCCCAUCAACGUAAACGAUUACGUGAUUGUAAACGGCAACAAGUCAGGCACUGCUCGCUACGUUGGCCAUUUAGACAGUUCAGGAAUGGCCAAUGCCGUCUUUGUUGGCAUUGAGCUGGACGAGCCUCAUGGAAAACAUGACGGCAUAUUUGAAGGAAAGAGAUACUUUCAGUGUUACGAGAACUUUGCCAUAUUUGUCCCCAUGCAUGAGAUAUUUUAUGUUAUAAAUAGAAAGCCAAAGAAAUCCAUUUCACCUCCAGCACUGAAGUCAGCACAACAUCGAUAUUCUCUUGGAUCCCUGAAUUCUCUGAGCAACAAUGCUGGGGCUCGGGGGGAGCACAGCCAUCUGGCCAGGAAGAAAAAGCAGCACUUGCCCAAGGAUCUUAACCCAACCAAGAGAAUCCUGAGGAGAUCUGGCGCCUCUUCCUCCUCCCGGACACUGGACGCAGCUGCAACCCCUUCUCAGGAAGAAUGGAGUGAUGGGAAUGAGAGGACAGAGAAGGCAUCGGUCUCACCCUUGCAGCCCAAAGUGAACACCCGGGCUUUCACCAUCACCGCCAGUCUACCUCCUGACUUCAGCCACUACAGACCAGUCCACGCCGCAAGCAGGGCCAGCCCCAGGAAGGUUGUGAGGCGUUGAUGAUGGAUAACUAGCACCAGAGAAGAGUGGUCAGACUGAGGGGGAUCUUUCCAUUGAACAGAAGAUUCUUGGAAUCCUGGUUUCCCAGUGGCAUACUGAUGACCUUGUUUUGUGAGCGACACUGAAAAUAGACUUGCACCAUUGUAGACCUUGGGCUUGCUGCUGGGGCCCAGCAAGUAGCAUUAGUGAACCUGCACUGACAAUACCAAGACUGAUUGAAUCCAGAACUGGGUAGCGCUGAUAGCCACACUGUCUCUGUUUACUGUAGCAUCUAAUACUGCUGGUACAAAACUGUAUGGAAUAAAACCUGCACUGAAAUCA